UUGUAGCUUGUUUCGAAAGUGCAAAAUAAAAAGCCCUAGCUCUCUCUCUCACGCAGCAGCUGUAGAUACAUGCGAAGCCCAUUCCUGCAAAUAACAGUACAUGGGGUUUUGUCGUUUAGCUUGAAAUACCCACACAGAAAAGGUUAAAUACAAUGGACUUAAAUGGGAAAAGUUCACCGCAAGAUAAUGUUGAUUCGAAGGGGGCAUUCCGUAAGCUCUCCAAUGAUGCAGCUAACAGGAAAUACAGGCGUCGCUCUCCUGUUGGUGGUGGUUCCUCAUCGUCUGACGGGAGCCCUGCCCGCCAGAGGAGCUCUAGUCCUAUCCCAUCAAGGAAGGAUGAAUGGCGACAUAAGGAUGAUGAUUUAGAUAGGAAUUCCAGUAGACAGGGUCGCAUAGGUGAAUCUCACAGGCAGUCUGAUCGACAAUCUUCUAGGAGUUCUCGCAGUCACCACAGGAACGAGGAUUAUUCCAGGCAUGACAGGCAUACUGAUGAUGAUGAUAGAGGAUAUUCAAAGCUAUCCUCUCAUUCUCAUCGUGACUCUAGAGUGAAUGAUUAUUCUAAUAACUCCAGGCGAGAUAAUGAUCAUAGAUCAAGAGUCUGCCCACGUGACAUUGACAAACACUACCGAGGUAGGUAUGAUGAUUCAGGGCAUAGAAGCAAGGACCGGGAGAGAGAAACUUCAUCAUUCAAAGACAGAGAUCCAUCAUUUGAUAGAGUAGGAUCAGGUAGGCGUUAUAAUAACUCUAGCAUUGACGAUAGUAGAUACAGGGAAAGGGAUAGGUAUAAGGAGUGUAGAGACAGCCGAGAUGAGAAGGGGGACCGUAGGAGCGAUCACAAAAGUGAUAAUUUACCUGCUUAUGAGGACUCUAGAAGCAACCGAAAUGAGUCAAAUUCAAGAAAAGACAGUUCUAGGCAUCGGCUGAAGGAAGCUCCACAAUUUGAUGAAAUGGUGUUGGAUAGUGAGAAAUACACUAAAGAGGAAAAGAAGAAAUAUGAAGACCGUGAUCAGUACAAGGAGAGAAGCUACUACAGAGAAACAAAGGAGAAAUUUGAAGACAGAAAUGUUGAGUUUGGUAAAGGGCGAGAGUCUCCAGCUAAGAAGUCAAAGUUCUCAGGCAUGGACCGGAGUUCAGAGCAGGGAAUAGAUGGUAUGGAUCCAGCAAGCGCGGUUGAUGGAAAACUUUCUUCGAGUUCAAAACAAGGUCAAGGUCCAAACAGUGAAUUGGCCUUGGAGCAGGGCGUGAAAGACUCUGAUAUAGAUGCUGCAAAAGUUGCUGCAAUGAAGGCUGCUGAACUAGUUAAUAGAAACCUUAUUGGAACGGGUAUCAUGACUGCUGACCAAAAGAAGAAGCUGCUGUGGGGAAACAAGAAAACCACCACUGAUACUGAAGAGUCCACUCAUCGUUGGGAUACAUCACUAUUUGGUGAUCGCGAGCGACAAGAAAAAUUCAAGAAACUCAUGAGUCUGAGGUUGCCUUGGUACAUAUGGCCAAUUGUAGGGUGUGAAAGGCGACGUGAAGACAGAGAACAAACCAGUCAUCCACGACGCAGAGAAGCAAAGGGAGCUCCAGAUGGAUUUGGAGAAGCAAUAUACUGCUGGACUUCGCCGAAGAGAUGGCCGUACAGUUGGACUAGGGCUCUAAGGUUUUGCCUGAAUCAUCUUUGUACUUUUACAAGGCCCGCUGUGGUUGUGUUGUGUUAUUUUGCCCUUCUGGAGCUGCAUGUAUUACGUCUUAUUAAACUAUGUAUCCUGAAAUCUCCGGUAUUUUGUGAAUUAUGGAUUGUAUUGGUCAAUAACUUGCCGAGUUAAUUUUAUGAUGGAGAAAUCUUUUGUUAUA